GUAAAGAAGAUUCAUAUACUAGAAAAAUAUUUUUGAAAUACAUACAAUGUUUUGGUUAUUUAUUGUUUCCACUUUAACAUUAUUGACAAUUACAAAUGGCCAAUAUGAUAACGAGUGCUUAAUGCCGAAUCAAAAAAGUGGUCGUUGUGUGCCCAUAAAAUCGUGCAAAACAACAUAUGUACUUUUAAAUAAAAUUCUCACUAGCGGAAGUGGUAAGCCGACAAAUUCAGAACGUCAGGAAUUGUUAGCAUUACAAUGUGGUUAUAUAAAAAAUGUUCCUUUAGUUUGCUGUACAGAAUCGGAAAUCCAGCUGAAUGUGGACGGCUUGGACAUAUUGAAAAAUAAUACUUGUGGUAUUUACAGUGUAGACAAAGUUUCAAAUGGUCAUCAAGCAGCAUUAUCUGGUUAUCCAUGGAUGGCUCUACUGAAAUAUAAAGAUGAACGUAAUCCAUUUAAAUGUGGUGCUACUAUAAUUAGCGAUCAAUACAUUCUAACGGCAGCCCAUUGUGUGCAUCGAUUGGAAAAGUUACUUGUUGCUGUACGUUUAGGAGAACAUCAAAUAAGCACAGAAAAGGAUUGUAUAAAAACACCACGUAAAAAUAUAUGUGCACCACCUGUGGAGGAUAUUGGCAUAGAGGAAAUAAUCAUACAUGAGAAAUAUGUCAGGAACUUGUAUCAUGAUAUAGCAUUGAUACGUCUGAAUAGAAAAAUUAAUUUUCAACGUCAUAUUAAACCGAUUUGCUUGCCUAUAUAUGACAAUUUAAGACAUAAAGAAUACAGUCAAUAUGUCAUCUCCGGAUGGGGUACAACAGAAAAUGGUACUACUUCCGAUAUUCUAUUAGUUGCUGUUGUUCCAAUUAUGGAUCGUAUGGAAUGUGAGAGAAUAUUAAAAAUGCAUCGCCUUCGAUUGCCAAUAACAUUAGGACAAAUUUGUGCCGGUGGCAAAGAUUUAGUAGACACAUGUCGCGGUGAUUCUGGUGGACCAUUGGGAUAUCGGGAUUUUUACAAUGAUAGCCCACGUUUUAUACAGUUCGGCAUUGUGAGUGUAGGUUUGGAGGCAUGUGGUGUUAAAAAUGUACCAACUAGUUAUACGAAUAUUUCAUAUUAUUUGCAAUGGAUAACGGAUCAUAUGAGAUAUGAUCGGAAUGAUAUUGAAAUUGCGGUCAACAAUUUGACUAAUGCGUUUGAUAGAGCGAUAUCAGAUUCAUGCAGACCUAGUAUCUGCAGAGGUAGGAAAAAACCACCUUGGUGGACUUCCGAGAUAGCGAACACUCGUAGAGAGUGUCGCAAACUUUUCAAUGAGGCCAAGAGACUGGGCAACUGGUCUGUUUACAAGUCCUCUGUGAAUAAAUUCAAGAACCUGGUUAGGAACGCGAAGCGCAAAUCCUGGAGGUCCUUCUGUAGCGGCGUGGAAGGUUCCUCUGAGACGAGUCGCUUGCGCAGGAUCUUGUCAUCUUCGGCCGCUGUCCCGAGUUAUAUUCAGAAAUCGAGCGACAGCUGGACUACUAGCGGAAAGGAAACCCUAGAGGUUUUGAUGGACGCUCAUUUCCCUGGCAGUGUUCCCCUAUCUGAGGGUAACACUGCGAUAUCUUAUACUGGGCCUUUUGAAGUCACAAUUCUCAUAAAUGAGGAGAGACUAAAAUGGGCCCUGCGUAGCUUUGACCCAUAUAAAUCUCCGGGUCCUGAUGGCAUCAUUCCGGCGGAUCUGCAACGGAAUGAGGAUUUAAUUAUUCCCUGGUUGACUCGUAUAUACUCGGCCUGCUUGGCUUGGUCAUAUAUUCCGGAGUCGUGGACCAGAUGUACGGUGGCCUUCAUUCCCAAGGGAGGGAAGGCAUCUCAUACUAGACCCAAGGACUUUAGGCCUAUUAGCCUAUCGUCCUUCCUCUUGAAAACUAUGGAAAGGUUGAUCGAUUUACACCUUCGUUCAUCGAUUAACCCGAACCGACUAUCCAUGUCUCAACAUGCCUAUAUGAAAGGUAGAUCUGUUGAGACUGCUUUACAUUCGCUUGUGGGAUUCGUAGAAAAAUCACUCGAGCAUAAGGAAUAUGCAUUGGUGGCCUUCUUGGAUAUUGAGGGGGCCUUUAACAAUGUGACGCCAGAGACGAUCCUUUCGGCUCUAGGUGGUCUGGAUAUAGAUCAAUCUAUUAUCUGCUUCAUAGGUAGACUUCUGACUAAUAGAGUCAUUAUCUCUUCUAUGGGAACUGCUACUAUUUUUAGAUUAGCGAAUCGGGGCACUCCACAGGGGGGGGUUUUAUCUCCACUCUUGUGGAAUCUUGCCAUCAAUAUGUUACUCAUGAAAUUGGAUUCCAUGAUGUGCAAAACUGUUGCAUAUGCUGAUGAUGUUGCCGUAGCUGUUUCUGGAAAACACUUGGACACAUUAUCACAAUGCCUGCAAACUUCACUCAGUACACUCAGCCAGUGGAGCACUGCAAGUGGACUAGGUGUGAACCCUGGGAAAACGGAGCUUGUGCUGUUCUCCAGAAGGUACAAAAUCCCUCCGUUCCCAUUACCGCGCCUUAACGGUGUGGAACUUAAACUCUCGGAUAGUGCUAAGUAUCUGGGAAUUAUACUAGACUCUAAGCUGUCCUGGAGCCUUAAUAUUCAUGCGAGAGCGUCCAAGGCGGCUGUCGCUAUCUAUGCCUGCAGAAGGGCCAUUGGGAGUACCUGGGGAAUAAGCCCUAGGAAUGCGAAAUGGCUUUUCGAUAUGGUGGUCAAGCCCAUACUAAUGUAUGGAGCACUAGUUUGGUGGAAGGCUCUAAGUAAAUCCACCUACUGUGGGAUAAUUGAGAGAAUCCUGCGAAUAUCCGCACUAAUGAUCACGGGUGCGCUGCGCAGUACUCCGUCUCGUGCUCUGUUUGUAAUGAUGCACUGGCUACCGGCUGAUCUGAUGGCAAAACAAUUGGCCAUAAAUUCGGCGGUUAGGUUAAGUACUGUUGGGGCAUGGAGGUCUAGUUGUACUGGCCAUGCGUCUAUUUUGGGCGGUAUAUCUUAUAUACCUGCUAAUAUUGACUACUGCACUCCCUUACCCUUUAUUGACAGACGCUUCUCUGUGUCAUUGACGGGUGGGUCUAAUUCUUCCAUGGACACGUUUGUCAUAUACACAGAUGGCUCUAAGUCUGCGGAUGGGUGCAGUUCACUUAUACAGAUGUAUAAAAUGUUUCGCAGUUUAAAAAUUAUUGCACUUUUAAUAAUAUUUGCUCUUAUAAACGUUAAUGGGCAGUAUGGCACCGAAUGUCAAAUGCCAAAUCAAGAAACUGGAAGAUGUGUACCAGUAAAAUCUUGCAGAACUACAUAUGAAAUAUUGCAAAAUAUUCAAAAAACUGGAACUGAUAUUUCAAUCAACGAUCGGGAAAAAUUAUUGCAACUACAAUGUGGUAGAUUGAAAAAUAGGCCUCUCAUUUGUUGUUUAGAAUCUGAAGUUCAAUUAAAUGUCGAUGGCUUCAAUAUACUGCAGAAUACUACUACUUGUGGCAUGUACAGCGGUGAUAGAGUAGCUAAUGGUCAUGUCGCCGCACUAUUCGGUUUUCCCUGGAUGGCUUUAUUGAAAUACGACGACGAACUUAAUGUUUUUAAAUGUGGUGGAUCUUUAAUAAGCGAUCGCUACGUUCUAACUGCGGCUCAUUGUAUUUCUAAAUCAAAUAAUAUACUUAUAGCAGCAAGAUUAGGAGAAUAUCAAAUCAGCACAGAUAAGGAUUGUACAAAUUCGACACGCAAAAACGUAUGCGCAGAUCCGGUUGAAGAUGUUGGCAUCGAAGAAAUAUUAAUACAUGAAAAUUAUCAGGGAAAUUUAUAUUAUGACAUAGCACUUAUACGUCUCAAUCGAACAGUGCAAUUUCAAAGACACAUUAAACCCAUAUGCUUGCCAAUAUACGACAAUUUGAGAACAAAGGAAUACAGCCAAUAUGUUAUAUCUGGAUGGGGGGCCACUGAAAAUCGCAGUUCCUCGGAUGUGCUUAUGGUGGCCGUUGUAUUUAAUGUAGGACGUGACCAAUGCCAAUUGGAAUUAAGAAAACAUUACCUACGUCUGCCAAUUAAUGAGGGUCAGAUAUGCGCUGGUGGUUUAAAUACAGUUGAUGCCUGUCGUGGUGACUCAGGCGGACCUUUAGGCUACAAAGAUUUUUAUAAUGACCGUCUACGUUUUAUACAAUUUGGAGUUGUCAGCAUUGGUUUAGAUAAUUGUGGCUUUGAAAGUCCUCCCACAACUUAUUCAAAUAUUUCACAUCAUUUACAAUGGAUAACUGAUCAUAUGUGGUAAAAUAUAAAUUAUGUUUUGUAAAAAUAUAUUAUUUGUGUACAAAAAUAAUUGUGAGAUAAAAAUAAAAAAACCUAUCAUCAAGGUAAAAACUGUAAACAA